UUGCGGCUGCCCUGGCCUGGACAGAGCCUGCGGGCCGCCUGCGUCCCCUGUCCUGUCCCUUCUAAGCUCCAGCCGGACGACGUUAUUCCCAAGAGACACAACCAUCACUUUUGGUAGACAAACCGAGUCCAAAAGGUUGUCUGAGAAGGUAGGGUGGAACCUCGCUCACCCUCCCCGGCUGCUCUUCAAAAGGAAUUCAUUUCCUCUUGGCUUCUACCCUGUGGCUUAGCCCUCUGGACAGACCUGAGCUCUUACCUGGCAAAGAUGGCCCACAUGAAGACGAGGCUCCUUUAUGCUUCAGUUCUCAUGAUGGGUGCGCUCUGCCUGUACUUCAGCAUGGAGUCUUUCCAAGAACUCCCCUUUGUCUUCAAGAAAAGUCACGGGAAGUUCCUUCAGCUUCCGGAGAUAGACUGCAAGCAGAAGCCGCCUUUCCUGGUGCUUCUGGUGACGUCAUCCCACAAGCAGCUGGCGGCUCGCAUGGCCAUCCGCAAGACGUGGGGUAGAGAGACAUCGGUGCAGGGCCAACCCGUGAGGACCUUCUUCCUUCUGGGGUCCUCAGACAGCACGGAGGACAUGGACGCUACAGCCCUGGAGAGCGAGCAGCACCGUGACAUCAUCCAGAAGGAUUUCAAGGACGCCUAUUUCAACUUGACCCUGAAGACCAUGAUGGGUAUGGAAUGGGUCUACCACUUUUGCCCUCAGACCGCUUAUGUGAUGAAAACGGACUCAGACAUGUUUGUGAAUGUUGGCUAUCUGACCGAACUGCUGCUAAAGAAAAACAAAACAACCAGGUUCUUCACAGGCUACAUAAAGCCCCACGACUUUCCCAUCAGGCAGAAGUUCAACAAGUGGUUUGUCAGUAAGUUCGAGUACCCCUGGGACAGGUACCCACCGUUUUGCUCUGGUACUGGUUAUGUCUUUUCCAGCGACGUGGCGAUCCAAGUAUACAAUGUCUCAGAGAGCGUUCCAUUCAUCAAGCUGGAGGACGUGUUUGUUGGGCUCUGCCUGGCCAAGCUGAAGAUCCGACCUGAGGAGCUCCACACCAAGCAGACCUUCUUCCCUGGUGGUUUACGCUUCUCUGUGUGCCGCUUUCAGAAAAUUGUGGCGUGCCAUUUUAUGAAGCCCCAGGACCUGCUCACUUACUGGCAGGCACUGGAGACCUCGAAAGACGAGGACUGUCCUGCGGUCUGAGGGGAGCCUGGUGGCGCCUAGGACAAACUUCUGAUAACCUUUGGUGAUGGUUUUGGGAAGACCUGGGAUACUGGGUCUUGCUGGGAACUGUCUGGGGUAGAGAGAGGAUAAGGAGUCCUCAGUGCCACAGGAGAAAGGAUAAACACAAACCUGAGGAACGACGUGGCACCCAGAGCAAUAACAGAUGUUGUUUUGUUCAUGCCUUUGCAGUAUGCCCUCGAUGCUUGAGACAUGCCCUUAAUCCACCCAUAUCAGGGCUCGGCAUACAUAGGAAGAAGCCCUGGAUAUGAUCAUCCCCAUUUUGUAGUUUAAAAACCAGCAGCCAGAGUCACUUACUCGUUUAAAACUCACAGCCUGCAGACGGAGCAGGAAUGAGAAUCAAGUGGUAUCAGGAUUCAGUUGGUGGUCGGUCCUCAACUGUGUGUCCCAUGCCUUGGGAGAAGGUGGUGGUGGGAGAAGCUAAGUAGCGUCCUUCAGUCUCCUGCCCCUCGCUUCCCAAUCCCUUCUACUUUUUGAAUGUUAAGACUGGGAUGAACCAGCUUUCUCAGGCCUUGCCCGUGGCUCGAAUGAUGUAGCUGGGUUCUGAGUUAACACGGAUUAACCACUUGGUACCCAAAGUGUCCUCAGUAGGAUUUUAGGAGACACACAUGCCUGUAGUCUCUGUGGCUCACUUCCAUGUUAGAAGGAAACUGGUUCACACGACCAUAAAAGUCAGGCUGAGAAGCCACUGCUGAGUCUUGCGAUGUAGACUGACCACACUGCUGACAUCCCACUGAUGUCUCCACUGAGCCGACUCUGCUAUGCAUGUUCUAUAAGUGACCAUUUGUAGCCCUGGGGUACUUCAGACCUCUAAGUUCAAACUCAAGGGCAGCCAGGUAUAGGGAUAGUCUGUAUGGGUAUCCAGGAGCUUUCCUGGGCUCUGGGCUGUGUCUUAAGCUCCAGAGAUACAGAGCAUGGGAGUAGGCCCAGUCUAGGGUCCUUCCUGACUUUGGCUCUUUGCCCUGAAUUUAUCAUGUAGUUAGUCAUAGACAUACUGAGUGUUGCCAUUUGG